UCUGCCAGUACUUCAAAUUCCCUACUUUCUUGGUUUUCUAUUUCAUAUUAUUUAUGGAAGAAGCUUUUGCAGCUACCGGGCUACAGUGAAACCCCCUUUAAUUUUCCCGGGUGCCAGAGUCAAUUAUAGUGUUCAAUGGUGGAAAAUCUCGUGACCUGUUAUGAGGAAUCACUAAGGCUGGAAGAAGCAUCAGUGCUGUUCCAGAGGCAACACAUGGUAGAGAGAAAGCUAAUGCAUUAUUCUAGCUUACAAACCAUUCUGUUAGUUGGAGAAGGCAAUUUCUCAUUUUCUUCAGCUUUGGCUACUGCAUUUAAAUCUGCAAAAAACAUCGUAGCCUCCUCAUUUGAUAGCAAAGCAGACAAAGUCUUGAGGGUUUAUGAUACAGCUCGUAGUUCAAUUGAGAACUUGGAAAGUCGUAAAGCAUUGGUACUGUAUGAGGUGGAUGCAACCAGAUUGCAUGAAAUUGAAGAUCUAAGCGCCAGGAAGUUUGACAGAAUUGUAUUCAAUCUCCCUCAUGCAGGCUAUUUUCCCGGUGGGGAACGCAGUAAAAAAGCUAUCAAAAAGAACAAAGAGUUGGUGAGUAUGUUUUUGGAAAGUGCUGCCAAGCUGCUGAGCUUGUGUGGAGAAAUUCAUGUUACUAACAAGGUUGGGCCACGCUACAAAAAAUGGAAUUUAGAAGAAGAAGCAGAAAAGUAUGGGCUGUAUUUGAAGGAGUCUGUUAGUUUUCAAAAAACAGAUUAUCCUGGUUAUAUGAACAAAAGGGGAGGUGGACCAAAGAUCAACAGAACCUUCCGUCUGGGAGAGUGUAGAACUUAUAUGUUCUCGGCUCCCUGAGUGGCAUGCAGCUGCUGUGUAUGCCAAGUUUUUAACUGUUUUAUCAUGGAAAGGCUACACCAACCAGUCACUAAUGACAACCAAAGCAUUUUGACAAAUCAAUGACAACACACCAACAACUCUUUUUGUCGAAAUUUCCAACAAUUCCCUCCAAUGCUAAUUUGAUAUUAUGAGAUGGUUUUUUUAAGGAUUUGUGAUGUGUGCUAGAAAGUGUUCAAUCUAUGUAUAAUUUGCUAGAUGUUAAAAUAAAUUAGAGCAUAUCUUUAAAUACAACAUCUAGUGUGGAAUUCAAUAACCCACCCCUCAUGCCCACUCACUUGAAGAGAAAAUAACUUAACCUAUUUUUUAUUUUAUUUUUAAUAUUUUAAGACCACUUCCAUAAACAUAAGAAAAUCUAGAUCAAUUCCAGAUUUGACUCAGAUAAAAAAUAAAUAAUAAAAAAACAAAUAUCUUCUUUAACAAAUAUGUAUAAAUAAAAAUAAUACUAAAAUUUCUCUAUUAAAAUCAUUGUCCGUACAUAGUAAAUAUUACAAUAAAAAUAAACAAAUAAAAAUGCAUUGCUGAUAAAGAAAAAGGAAAAAGAAGGUUUGCAGUUUUCUUCAUUACGUAAAGAUUUAUUCUCAUGAAAAGAUAAAGUAACCUGAGAGGCCCAUAAUGCUUUAAUCAUUCUCCGUGUCUUUAAUGCUUUAAUCAUUCCCCAUGUCUUGAACCGGACCUGCCUUAAAUAAAAGAUAUUCUAAAUGGCCUGUAACUCAAAUGUAAUCUCUGAAAAGACAUGCUUAUUUUCUACGAUUUUUCUUGAAGUAAUUAUUACCAUGCCACAACCAACAGUAAAAGCGCAAGAGAUUGUAGUUGAGUUUACAUCAGAUGCUCUUGUGCCUUCCUUUACAGAUCACGUAAGGGAAAAUAAAGUUAAUUCCCAUCUUCUGUUUCUUUUUGACUGCACCCAUUUUCAUAAUAAUCUAUUCCCAUCUUCUUUUUCUUUUUGACUGCACCCAUUUUCAUAAUAAUCUAUUCCCAUCUUUUUCUUUUUGACUGGACCCAUUUUCAUGAUAAUAUAUUCCCGGUCUUCUUUUUCUUACCUGCCUUAAAUAAAAGAUAUUCUAAAUGGCCUGUAACUCAAAUCUAAUCUCUGAAAAGACAUGCUUAUCUUCUACGAUUUUUCUUGAAGUAAUUAUUACCAUGCCACAAGCAACAGUAAAAGCGCAAGAGAUUGUAGUUGAGUUUACAUCAGGUGCUCCUGUGCCUUCCUUUACAGAUCACGUAAGGGAAAAUAAAGUUAAUUCCCAUCUUCUUUUUCUUUUUGACUGCACCCAUUUUCAUAAUAAUCUACUCCCAUCUUUUUCUUUUUGACUGGACCCAUUUUCAUGAUAAUAUAUUCCCGGUCUUCUUUUUCCUUUUUUCACUGUACCCAUUUUCAUAUUCCAAAUCGUCAUUAUAAAAGGCUGUCAAUCUUGGUAACAAACUCAUCUCUAAACAUUCUGAGCAAUCUGUCUUCAGUCCUAUCUUGUUCAAAUUCUGAGCAAUCUGUCUUCAGUCCUAUCUUGUUCAAAUUCUGAGAAAAAAUGGGCAACACUUCCUGCUGCUGUUCGUGCUGUGCUCCUCAAGAAGAUUAUCAAGAUGUUAUCAAUGAACUCGUCGCAAUGGAAGAGAUGAGUCACAUUGAUGAAUUGAUUUCUUACAUUGAUCAGCUCUUGAAUGCCAUUGCCCAGGGAAGUAAUGAUUCAAUUGCUCGUCUUUCCAAGACGAACCGAGUGACCUCUUCUAUCACUUCCGGUGGCAGUUUAUUGGAGAAGAUAUUGAAGAGAUCUAACAGACAUAUAUGCAAGAGAGACAUUAUGCCAAAGCUUAACCGCGAAACACGGAAAUUGGUGAUUGAUGUCACAAAUCAAGGAGCGCAGAUUAAGUGGGUAGGAGUAGCGCUUUCAGUUGUAGGUUUUGUGUUGGAAAGAAUUGAACAAGUUUCUUCCAACAGAGAGGAAUGUAUAGUGCUCCUCAAAUAUAUGUGUAAGCUUGCAGAAUACAUCAAGCAGUUGGAGGAUCAUUUUCCUCAGGAGAAGCUGAAUCGGGUUUUCCAUUUUAUUGUGGAAGGCUCCCUCCUCUGCAUAUCGCAAAUGCAAUCUCAUCCGCUUUCCAAAUUUUUUGCUGCUCCGGUUGUGGCUGAAGAUUUGCAGAGAUUGCAAAGACAACUUGGGCAAGAGUACUCGGAGCUCUCAUUGGAGGCGAUAAUCGCUGUGCUGAAUAGGAUUCCAGUUGUCUUGCCUCCCUCCCAAGGAACAUCUCCUCAAGCAGUUGGUAUUGAGGAAGCCAGAAAUCAUGUGACUGAACUCCUAGACAUGGAAAGUAAGUCAGUUAAAGUGGUAGUUAUUUAUGGACAAGGUGGGAUAGGAAAGACAACUUUAGCCACUGCAGUGUUCGGCAAACUUGACCUCCAAAACUACAAAUAUUGCAGAGUCGAUAUAGAACAGAAUUGUGCAGAGGGUGAUCUUAAGUUGCUGCAACGACAAAUUUUAAGAGACCUUUAUGGCCAUAAUAUUGAACUGAGAAGUUUGAAUGAAGGUCGCGAAGAGUUGUCCAAAGAUUUUAAAGAACACUCCUCUGAACCUAUCUUCAUUUAUGUUGACAAUGCUCUGAAGCAAAGUGACCUGGAAAAGCUUCUACCUGUAACUGACCUGACGUUCCUUCCACCAAAGAGCAGGAUUCUUAUAACCACUAGAAAUUUGAACGAGACUCUUAUAAUUUUACAGGAAGGAGUUGAACGCCGUCCUUAUCAGGUAGCUUCUCUUCAACAAGAAGAGGCACAAAAGCUCUUGUGUGAAUUGGCUUUAAGCAGUGGCCAAGCAAGUUUUGACCCCACCAUAGAUAUUAAUGGCCUCCUCAAAAUAUGCCAAGGAAUUCCGUUGGUAAUAAAAAUGGCGGGAGCGAGAUUACGUGAGCAUGCUCAAAGUGUGCCAGCUUGUAGGGACACAGUGGAAUAUCUCAAGUCAUGGCUGCUACAAGGAGUGCAGGGUGAAUUAAGCGAACGUAUGGUGGACUUUGUAUAUAAUCGCUUGGAUGCCUCGUGUAAAGAGGCAUUUCUUGAUAUAGUCUUCUUCUUUUGUAAUUGGAAACAGCAAAGGGUGGUGUCCAGUGUUGGAGCUAUAGAGUUUGGAGAGCUUGAAAAGGCUGCUCUUGUAUAUGUAACGGAUGAAGGCAUGGUGAAUGUGCACGAUAUAGUGAAAGCGCGAGGGAGAAUGCUAUCACCAGAUGGGGAGAGAAUCAUCGACCUACAAUCUCUCACUGAUGUUCUCCAAGAUGUAGAGAGGAUAAAGAAAAUGAAGGGGAUUUCUCUAAACGAAUCAUUCGAGCUUGAAGUACACCAUCUCAACUUGAUGAAGAAAUGUUUAAGAGUUUUGAUCUUAACAGAAUCGACAAGAAUAGUAAAUGGAGAAUGCAAAGGAGCUUUUGAAAAUCUAAGGUUGCUCGGCCUUAAGAACCAUAAUAAUUACUCAUGUAUGGAUGUUAGUAAACAUCCAAGAUUAACAGCAAUCAUUUUGGAUUACGAAAGAAACUCCAACUUUCCGGAGUUUGGAGGCACCAUCCCAUCUUCAUUGAGAUAUGUGUAUAUAGAAGGUUGUGUAUUAGUUAAUCUUACCAUCACCCUUUCCCAAAUUCAAUCUUUGCAUUAUCUAACAUUGUGUGGCUGUAGUGGGUUUGAAAGCCUGCCUGAAACCAUUAGCAACCUACUUGCUUUGGAAGAGUUGCAUUUAAUGUUUUGUUCUAGCUUGGUGAGCCUUGGAGACAGUUUUGGUGGUUUAUCUUCUUUAAAUGAUUUGGAUUUACACUCUUGUUCCAGCUUGGUGAGCCUUCCAAACAGUUUUGGAAGUUUAUCUUCUUUGAAAAAAUUGGAUUUAAGGUUUUGUUUUAGCUUGGUGAGCCUUCCAGAUAGUUUUGGUAGUUUAUCUUCUUUAAAUAACUUGUAUUUGGAAUCUUGUUCUGACUUGGUGAGCCUUCCAGACAGUUUUGGUAGUUUAUCUUCUUUAAAUGAUUUGGAUUUAAACUCUUGUUCCAGCUUGGUGAGCCUUCCAAACAGUUUUGGAAGUUUAUCUUCUUUGAAAAAAUUGGAUUUAAAGUCUUGUUUUAGCUUGGUGAGCCUUCCAGACAGUUUUGGUAGUUUAUCUUCUUUAAAUGAUUUGGAUUUAAGGUGUUGUUCCAGCUUGGUGAGCCUUCCAAACAGUUUUGGAAGUUUAUCUUCUUUGAAAAAUUUGCAUUUAACGUCUUGUUUUAGCUUGGUGAGCCUUCCAGAUAGUUUUGGUAGUUUAUCUUCUUUGAAACAUUUGGAUUUAAGGUCUUGUUUUAGCUUGGUGAGCCUUCCAAACAGUUUUGGUAGUUUAUCUUCUUUGAAACAUUUGGAUUUAAGGUCUUGUUUUAGCUUGGUGAGCCUUCCAAACAGUUUUGGUAGUUUAUCUUCUUUGAAACAUUUGGAUUUAAGGUCUUGUUUUAACUUGGUGAGCCUUCCAGACAGUUUUGGUAGUAGUUCGCUAAUUGCUGUCAAGGCUUCAGAAUGUUAUCAACUGGAGGAAAAUACAAUGGACAAGUUAGCCAAGAUGAAGGGAUUGAUGGUGGUGGAUAUAGAAGGAAGCCCUCUGUUGAAAAAGCGGUGGGAACAAGUGAAGGAGCAAUACUCUUUAGCAGUAGUGGGGUUUGGAACGCAGAUAUUCAGGUUUGAAAUGUACCCAUAUGAGGAUGUAAUGCGCAGAGCAUUUUUUCACAGUGAGUCAAAAUUCAUGCAUGUUGAUGAGAAUGGGCAGCUUGUGGAAUCGGCUUCUCCCGCAGGUGGGGCAAAGCUGUGGUUGCUGUUAAAGGAGGGCGAUGUGAAUGUGAGAGAUUCUUCAGCAUCAUCAUCAAAUAGCAGCAGAUGUUGGGAAGCAGUGAAGAAGAAAUGGAUGGAGUUAGUGGGUUCGGAAGGGGGGCAAAUGAUAUACGUGGAUAUGGGAGGGUCAUGGGAGGAAAUAGAAACACGUGUUCAGCAGGCUCUCCCAGAUUUACCCAGCGGCACUCGUGCGUGGAUUGCUCCUGACAAUAGGGCAAGGCUACUGUUUGCACAUUCCGUGGAGCACUAUUACGAUACAUAUGCCCAAAAGGGAGACAGGAAGGGUGAAUUGAGUGGGGUUCAGAAUUGCAUUGUGAGCACAUCAGUGUAUGUGGAUGAGGAGGGAAGGCCAUCAGUGUAUGUGGAUGAGGAGGGAAGGCCGAAGCUUGAUGACCUCAAAUUCAUACACCCCGACCUUGGUACAAAAACUGAGUACAAACCUCUUUCUCCCCAAUUGCUCUCCCCUAUUUCGGAAGCAAUUUGGUUUUUGCAAGAAGACUCUUUUGGCUGCGUUUACUUGUCGGAUAAACUUAUACAGUGGUGAUCCAUGAAAUUGUAUUGA